AUGUUGCUGGAUCCAAGGCCUGGAGGGAUUCUCAAACUCCCCGUCUCUCAUUCCCGCCUGUGGGUUGGCUCCCUGGAUCUUCAGGGGAUGUUCGCGCUCGGGAAUUCGGAGCACCCCAGCUUCACCUCCGUCCUCGCCGGCCACCACCAUCGGUGUUCUGGCGCGUCAUCGACACAGGAGGGUGACGGGGGUUGUCAGAAGCUGCUGCAGGUUGCUGCCGAGGGCAGGACAAUGCAUUGCAACUAUCGUAUCCCGGAUAUUAUUGCAUGCUGGCCGAAACACCCCAAAGGGGGUCAAGGGAUAAAGGAACGCACCGUGUUCUCCCUUCAUCGCAUCAGCAUCUUGGGAUUCCCACACCACAUCGAGAGACCAUGUCUCGUUUCCCGUGAACAAGUUCCCGCAGCUAGCGAUGGCAAUUGCGCGAGCUUCCAUGCGUUGACCACACCGUGA